GCACAAAAGUUUUUUGAUAUUGUCUACAAGUGGCGCCAUCUGUCGUUUUAUUUCGUGUUUACUUUUCUAUUCUACGCCUAUUUUUAUUUCUUAAGGAGGAAUAUAGUUCGAAUUGAAAGGAUUCCGGCUUGUAUUCUAUUUCGUUAAUAUUCUUAAUUUUGAAAGAAUAUUAUAUUUUGCACUGGAUUCUACUUGUACUGAUUAAUUUCAAUGCUAAAUUUUAGUUGAAGAAAAUCAAUCUUGUCGGCCAAGCAUGAACAACCGAGCAGUUUUUAUUCGAAUUUCUAUUCUGAUUUUCUUCUUCUUCUGCCUUCCUAUCUAUAUUAUAAAACAGAGUGGUCUCAUCUCUACUCCUAAUAUAAAGCUGCUUAAAGAACCUAAAAAUAAAAUAGUACAACCAAUUAUCAUUAAGCAUUCCACUAACAAAUUACAACCAGAAUCAGACAAGUUAACACUUUCGGAAGAGUCGAAAAAUGGCUACUUACCGAAACUUUUAGAUGAUGCCUUAAAUAAUCAGAAUACAUCAGGAUUCCUUAUAGGAAAUGCCACUUUCUUAAAAUGGAUGCCUUAUGAAAGAGAUGUAGAGUUACGAGUAAUUGUUCUAGCUUAUAAUCGUCCAAAAUCUUUGCUCAAGUGCCUUAAGAGUCUUUCAGCUGCUAAUUAUUUAAAAGAUAAAGUUGCGAUAGACGUUUGGAUUGACAGGAAUAAAAAAGAUCAAUCUGUUCAUGAAGAAACGUUAAAAGCUGCCAAAUCAUUUGAAUUUCCUCCGCAUAUCUCCUAUAAAGUUAGAGUACAGGAACAUCAUAGGGGAAUUCUUGGUCAAUGGGUUAAUACCUGGAGACCGGGAAUCAACUCUAAAGAGGUAGGAUUAAUACUAGAAGAUGAUUUAUCUGUAUCAAGCAUAUUUUGGCUUUGGUUAAAAGCCGUCACUAGAAAAUAUCGUUAUAAAACUGAUGUUAGCGGCUAUAGCCUUUCUAAGCCAUCAAUGGCACACGCUCACGGUGGAUUGUUAUUUGUGCCCGACAAUGCUUGGACCUAUAUGUACAGAUUAAUAUGCACGUGGUCUUUCUCACCUCAUCCAGAGUCAUGGAGAAACUUUCAAAAGAGUUUUUACAUUUCAGAACAUACAAAAGGAUAUGAGCCACAAGUUUCUGGUGUCCUACCUUCCCAAUGGUGGAAAGGUGAACAGAAAAAAGGAAAAGAGCGAGACUUGUGGGAGAUGUGGCACAUUGCAUUUGCCCACGAAGCCAAACAGUUUACAGUUUUGUUAAAUACACAUCAGGAAGGUUUGUUGGCAGUAAAUAGAAGAGAAGUAGGUUUACAUGACAGUGGUGGUCAAGUAGAAUCACUAUGUAACGAUUGGAAUGAUAUGUUUGAGAAAAUACCCGAGAAACCUAUAAAAUUAGAUUAUGAUGGAACAAUUAUGAAAAAUUAAUGAAAUAGUAAAAGAAUGACAAGACAGUGAUAUCUUUCUUCGAUUUUUUGUUUUAUGCCAUCUGUACUCGUGUUUUUUAAUACGUUUUUUCAACUUCUUUAUAUGCACAAUAUACGAAAAACGAUGAGUAUAUAAAAGCAAUACCGUUCAAACAUAACUCUAUAAAGUUAAGUACUUGUAAGAAACCAACACUAUUGGCAAUGAAUACGUCAAGGAAUCUUUUACUGUUCUUUUUUUUAUUAAUAAUUUAUAGAUUUAUUACAAGUAAAAAACCUUCUAUCGGAAGAAAAUUGAUAAAAA